UCAACUGUGCAUGCCUUGUUGCGGUGUUCAGAACAGAUGGCGGUAGUGGCAGCGAGCGGUACGUAGAACUGGCCGGUGGGGCGGAGGAUCCUGAGUCCGAAAGUUAGGGGGGUGGGGUCGAAGAUGAACUUCGAGAAGACUUGACCAGAUUGACUUCGAUAAAUGAUUUAAACCGCUCCGGCUUUGAUUUCUUUAUCAAGACGGCAGCUACGUGAACACCAAGCCUCGGGAUAGAGUUGGAGUCUGAUCCUGGGAUUGGGAAUCAAAGAAGGGACUGGCGUGAGAGAUCUAAUUUACUUCGGACAAUUGGGAAUCGACGGUUGGAAACUAGUUGCAUAUGCAUAAAAUAGUUAUAUUGUUUUAAAGGGACUAGCUAAUCGCUCAUACAGACAGUGUUCCGUUGCUGCUACAGCUAGCUUGCUGGCUAGCUGACUGUGCUUGUAAAGGAAUGCCCAAUGGAUGAAUGGGCACCCACUUGUAUUGCUCGGGUUUAAACAGCUUCUUGAUGACCUCGGUGUUACAAGUAGCGAGCAACCUUGUUUUUGCUCAAUGUAACUAAUAUAGUAUACACGAAGAAACAUCGCUUUUUAUUUUUAUUGCACAGCCAGCAAUCUUGAUUAAUGUAUGGUGCGGAAGGAGAACAGGCACGCAAGCACACCCUCAUGGACAGAAGUGCAAUUUAUUGAUUUCUUGUCAGCAAUUUGGUUUAUAAUUUAAUAUUUUCUCUGUUUUUUUUGUAGCUGUAUGAUAAGCGUAUGUAUUUGUUGAUAGCUGAAACUAGCUAGCUGGCAUAGUUGAUUUGAAGGAAUUUUGCACUACUCUUGAUUCUAAAAUAGUAUUGAAGUUAUUCCUCGUGUGGAAUGGGGAAUACGAUAGCAUGCUGCGUGUCCCCGGAGAGAAGCCCAACGUUACCAAGGCAACUGGCGGACCGCCAGGAAGACUACCAAAUAAGCACGAACGUGAGAGAGAACACCGGCCCGUACCUGCAGCACAUUAGCGACAGAGAGGAGCCUGAUGAAGUGGCCCAGGAGUCCCACCCAUCGAACCAUGCCCGAGUCAGCACCAUCUUCCUCAGCAAGUCCCAGACAGACUUGCAAGACAAGAGGAAAAGCAAUCACAUAAACCAUGUUAGUCAUACCUCUCCUCUCUCGAAGAAGUACAGUUCCUGUUCCACCAUCUUUAUAGAUGACAGCACGGUCAGCCAGCCCAACUUGAAAAGCACAAUAAAAUGUGUUACACUAGCGAUAUACUACCACAUUAAAAACAGGGACUCUGACAGGUCACUGGACAUCUUCGAUGAGAAGAUGCACCCCUUAUCGAGAGAGCAGGUUCCUGGUGACUACUCUCGUACGGACCCCGAACACAAACUCAUCUACCGCUUUGUCAGAACUCUGUUCAGCGCUGCACAGCUCACUGCAGAGUGUGCCAUCGUCACCUUGGUGUACCUGGAGCGUCUGCUGACCUACGCUGAGAUGGACAUCUGUCCGUGUAACUGGAAGCGUAUUGUACUGGGAGCCAUCCUGCUGGCCUCCAAGGUGUGGGACGACCAGGCUGUCUGGAACGUAGAUUACUGCCAGAUCCUCAAAGACAUCACCGUGGAGGACAUGAACGAGAUGGAACGCCAAUUCCUGGAGCUGCUGCAGUUCAACAUCAACGUCCCAGCUAGUGUUUAUGCCAAGUACUACUUCGACCUGCGCUCUCUGGCUGACGACAACAACCUCCGCUUCCCCAUGGAGACACUCGGCAACGAGAGGGCACAGAAACUGGAGGCCAUCUCCAGACUGUGUGAGGACAAGUAUAAGGACCGGAGCCGAGCAGCCAUGAGGAGGUCCUUUAGCGCUGACAACCUGGUGGGCAUCCGCUGCUCCAAUGCUGUACUCUCAUAGGCCAGCCAUACUACAGCGCUGUUCUCUCAUUGGACAAAUGUCACUCGAAUGCUGUUCUCUUAUUGGACAGCCAUACUCCAAUGUUGUGCUCACUGGACAGCGACACCAAUAUCUGACCUCUACAGCCUAACCAACCAACACUCCAGGAUACCUGACCAUGACUCGCCACAAACCCCAUACCAACCCCUCUCAGGGAUUUGUCGUUGGCAGACCCUCAUGCCCACUCCCCUGACUGGCCGGUCCCAGACCCUGUGCAAAAUAACUUAUUCACUACAGAGAGAAAAUACUAUUUUCCUGUUUAUUAAAAAAAAAAAAAAAUUGCUUACUAUGUAGGCUGCUAGCUGUGACAUUUUUCUGUUUUUAAAUGGAAAAAUAAUUUGCAGAUGGAGUAUUUUAAAUAAACACUAAUCAUGAAACA